AUGGCAGACACUCGUGAACGCAGCUCAAAGCGAAGAGCCCGAGAUGGCUCGGAGGAUGUGCUUCCUCGGAAAAAACAGCACCGACAGGUUGUGGCCCGCCAGAACAACAGUGAAUCCGAAGAUAAUGGCAGCGAUGGGGACCAGGUCUCGUCGAAGGCAGUGAGAGGCUCGAAGAACAAGUCGGCGCCCCGGAAUGAGAAGGAAUACCCGUCAAUCAAUGAGCUGAAGAGUCGCAUUCGUGGUGUAAAGCGCCUCCUCAACAAAGAUUUGCCCGCAGAUGCGCGAAUCGUGCAAGAGCGUGCGCUCGCAGGCUACGAGCAGGACCUUGUGGAGGAAACAGCCCGCCGAGAGCGUUCAAAUAUGAUCAAGAAGUAUCACUUCGUUCGGUUUUUGGACCGCAAGACGGCUACUAAGCAACUGAACCGCCUCCAACGCCGUGAAAAGGAGAAAGACCUCACGACUGAGCAGAAGUCUGAGCUCUCCCAGAAGAUUCACGAUGCCCGUGUCAACCUCAACUAUACAAUCUACUACCCUCUCACCGAAAAGUACAUCUCUCUCUACCCCAAGUCUGACAGCAACCCCGAUGAGAAAUCUGGACCCGGGGCUGAGUCCAAAGAGAACAAUAAGACGGCUGAAGCAUCCAAGCCGCCUAUGUGGUCCUUCAUUGAGAAAUCCAUGGAAGAAGGCACUCUUGAUGAUCUACGAGAGGGCAAGUUGAACAUUGGCCCUGAUGGACAGCAGACCUCAGCACCUACUAAGAAGCCUAUUGCCCGUGAAAGCGAGAAGAAGGCCAAGGAAAAGACACACAAGGAGUCCAAGGAAGCUGCAAAGAAGGAAAAGCUUGCCCAAGAAAGUGCUUUGGACCGGCUCAACCGGAGAGAGCGCCGCAAGGAGCAGCAAAAGGCCCGCGAAUUGGCUGCCCAACAGGCUGCUGAAGGUGACAGCGAUGGUGGAUUCUUUGAAAUGUAA